AUGGCAAAGCUGUUGCCUGUGAAGCCUGUGGAAAGGCUGGAAAAGGACAAAGUCAAGCAGCUGGCAGCAUUGAUCAAAGGCUGCAUACCUGAUUGCAAACUUGAAUACUUCCCAGCAGAUCCAGAGAAAGCUUGCAAUAGGCUGCAAGCCUUUCUAUGUUUGUGGUACCCAGCCACAAGCAACAAGAAAGCAGAUGAGAGGAAAGCUUUCUCAGAAGCCUGUGGAAGGCUGGAAAGCCAUGAGGCAAAAGCGAUUGUGAACAAUCUUCAUGAAUACAAAGCUUGGCUGCUUAGAAAAAAAAGAAACUUAAAGACAGGUGACGGAACAGACCCUACCCUCAUGGCCUUGUUCAAUGCAAUCCUGCAAAAGGAUAACCAGGGAAUCAAUAGAAGCAGCAACACCAUGAAGAUGAGGGGAGAAGAAGAGCUUGAGAAAGCUAAUGAAAAGCCUGUGAAAAGGCUACGAAGCAAACAGACUCUGAAUGACAAAGCAGAAGACAAAGCAGAGGUGCCAAAGCCUGCAAAGGCCAUAUGCUUUGCUUUUGACACCCCUGGGAGCCAAAAGUCCAAAAGCUUUGACAUAGUGUCUGUUUCCAGUUCCAGUGGUGGCUUUCUGGCACCUGGAGAGUUUUCAGAAGAGCCACCUGAGCCUGCAAAGGCUGGAAAGGCAGGCACAGAAAAGAAGCCUGCUGCUCAUGAGGCCCAGGAGGAGCCAGUGAUGGCUCAAGAGGCUCUGGCCUGGGGCCUCCCUUGGUGGCUGCAACUUGAAAAAGCUAAGGAGCCUGCAAAGGCUGAGUUGGGAACUGAGCCUGGAGAGGCUGAGCCUGGAGAGGCUGACAGCCAGCAAGUGGCUCCAAGCCUGAAAAGGCUUUGCCAGCAAUGGCCACAGAGAAAGCCAAAGGCCUUGCCAGCUCCUAGCAAAGCACAAUGGAAUGAUGUGCAUUACACAAUGAAGAAGCUUGAGAAAGCUGGCAAGAUGGAUUUGCCUGAGAAAUGGAAGAAAGCUUGCUUGGGAGGUCACCAAUGCAAGCGUGAGUUUUACUACCACACAUUUCACCUAGAUCCAGAGGCCAGCAAAAAAGAAGUUCAUAAGAUUAGCCUGGAAAGGCUUUCGGUGGAAUCAACCAAGUUGAGAGGUUGGUUCACCAAAUGGCAGCUUGGGGAAAUGCAAGGUGCAGUCGCCACCCACCCCAUGUUUGAACAGCUCUGCAUAGAAGCCUGCAAAGGCUUACCUGAAAGAGAUCAUGAGAAUGAAGCCUGGGCAAGGCUGGGUGUGAAACAAUACUAUUUCGAACAUUUUGAAGCUGAGAAGGAAAGGCAUGUGAAUGAAAGUACAACUGCGGCCAAGCAAACAGUGGAAGCCUCUGACAGGCAAGAUUUCCAAAAGGCAGAAAAUGGCCAAGUGGUUUUUGGAAAGAAAAGCCACAAGGCUGAGGCAGCCGCCAGUGCAGGGGAAGAAAAGCCUGAGGAGGCUUACAAAAAAGCAGACCAAAGCCUGAAUAAGGCUGCGAAGGCUUUCUCAAGUGCAGUUGACAAGCUGCAGUUGCUGAAGACAAGCUUGGCAAAAAAGCAGAAGGAGCAGCCCAAUGCACAAUUGGCUGCCAGUGUAGGUGAAAUGGAAAGCUUGCAAAAUCAACAUGAAGACUUGAAAAGUCAGUGGGUCACCAGGCUGGCUGCAGUUGCCAGCUCAUUCCCUGCUGAUGCAGCCAGUGAUGGCUCAGAAACUGAGAAGCUUCAGCAAUGGAAGCAAGAAAUUGAGGAGCAAAACAAAAGCCUGGGUAAGGCUUUGAACCCACACAGAUUGUGGGCCAAGAAUGCAGGUUUCAUUUAA